GACACCCAACAUUUGAACGAUUAUGAUCUAACGGACCAACUAAACAUAAAAUUUUCUGAAAGAUAGCAGAACCCUAAAAUGAGAAAUGCAAAUCCCGGGAAAGUUUUCUUUCAUGUCUUCGAGCUCUGAUAUUUCGCAGAAAAAAUGCUACCUAACUCCAACCCUCUUCCUUUAUUCAGGCUGGGGACUGGCUGCGCGCAGAAAGAUGAUUUGUGUUAUACAGGGUACACCGCUACUAGCAGGACUUGCAAUUGCUGCUGCUGCCCUUGCAGGUAGAUAUAGCAUCCAGGCUUGGCAAGCAUUCAAAGCUAGGCCACCAAAACCCAGAAUGCGCAAAUUUUACGAAGGUGGUUUCCAGCAAACAAUGACAAGAAGGGAAGCUGCUCAAAUUCUUGGAAUUAGGGAAAAUGCAACUGCAGAUAAGAUUAAGGAAGCACAUAGGAAGGUGAUGGUUGCAAAUCAUCCAGAUGCAGGUGGGAGCCAUUAUCUCGCUUCUAAAAUUAAUGAAGCAAAAGAUGUGAUGCUUGGAAAAGGCAAGAACAGUGGGUCUCCAUUUUGAUUUCAUCUCCUCCUGAAUUACCGGCAAGGUCGGCGGGGCUGUGUUGAUAAAGAGUGACCUCAUGUAUAUUAUUUGAAGGUAGAGGGCCAUCGACAACUUUCUUAAGGAGGUAGUGCACAAUAUGUUCUUCAUCAAGCGGGGUGAAGUGAUAUCCAGGAGGAAAUGAAUCCAGGUACUCACGCACGCUAUUAAAGUCAAUCUGCAAUUUUUAUACAUGUUAACAAUUAUUAGUGGAAAACUAACUUGGCAACCCAUAUUUAGACUCUCCUUUUAUAAUUCAAUUUCAAGCCUUUAUCAAAA